UAAUCAGAAUAUUGGUUUCUUGCUAUUUAAAGAUUUUUGUUUGAAUGAAAUUAAUGAAGCUGUACCUCAGGUGAAGUUUUAUGAAGAGAUAAAAGAAUACGAGAAGCUCGAGAGUGAAGAAGACCGCCUUUGCAGAAGCCGACAAAUUUAUGACACGUACAUUAUGAAGGAGCUGCUGUCGUGUUCGCAUCCAUUCUCGAAGCAAGCUGUAGAACAUGUACAAAGUCACCUCUCCAAGAAACAAGUGACAUCCACUCUUUUCCAGCCCUACAUAGAAGAAAUCUGUGAAAGUCUUCGAGGCAACAUUUUCCAAAAAUUUAUGGAAAGCGACAAGUUCACCCGAUUUUGCCAGUGGAAAAACGUAGAGUUAAACAUCCAUUUGACCAUGAAUGAUUUCAGCGUGCAUAGGAUCAUCGGACGAGGGGGAUUCGGCGAAGUGUACGGUUGCAGGAAAGCAGACACUGGGAAAAUGUAUGCAAUGAAAUGCCUGGAUAAGAAGAGAAUCAAGAUGAAGCAAGGAGAAACGUUAGCCUUAAAUGAGAGGAUUAUGUUGUCUCUUGUGAGUACAGGGGACUGUCCUUUCAUUGUCUGUAUGACCUAUGCCUUCCAUACUCCAGAUAAACUGUGCUUCAUCUUGGAUCUGAUGAACGGGGGCGAUUUGCACUACCACCUUUCCCAGCACGGGGUGUUUUCUGAGAAGGAGAUGCGGUUUUAUGCCACUGAAAUCAUCCUAGGGCUGGAGCACAUGCACAAUCGGUUUGUUGUGUACAGAGACUUGAAGCCUGCAAAUAUCCUCUUGGAUGAACACGGACACGUCAGGAUAUCCGAUCUUGGUCUUGCCUGUGACUUUUCCAAAAAGAAGCCACACGCGAGUGUUGGCACCCAUGGGUACAUGGCUCCGGAGGUGCUCCAGAAGGGGACGGCGUAUGACAGCAGUGCCGACUGGUUCUCCCUGGGCUGCAUGCUUUUCAAGCUCCUGAGAGGGCACAGCCCCUUCAGACAACACAAAACCAAAGAUAAACAUGAGAUAGACCGGAUGACCCUCACCGUGAACGUGGAGCUCCCCGAGGCCUUCUCGCCGGAGCUCCGGGCCCUCCUCGAAGGCCUGCUCCAGAGAGACGCCAGUAGGCGGCUCGGCUGCCGUGGAGGAGGGGCGCAGGAAGUGAAGGAACACAGCUUUUUCAGAGGCAUCGACUGGCAGCAAGUCUACCUACAGAAGUACCCUCCACCCUUGAUUCCUCCCCGGGGAGAAGUCAAUGCCGCUGACGCCUUUGACAUUGGCUCAUUUGAUGAAGAGGACACCAAGGGCAUCAAGCUUCUUGAUUGCGACCAAGAUCUCUACAAGAACUUCCCCUUGGUGAUCUCUGAGCGCUGGCAGCAGGAAGUAGCAGAAACCGUUUAUGAAGCAGUAAACGCAGACACGGAUAAAAUCGAGGCCAGGAAGAGAGCUAAAAAUAAGCAACUUGGACACGAAGAAGAUUAUGCUCUGGGAAAAGACUGUAUCAUGCACGGCUACAUGCUGAAGCUGGGGAACCCGUUCCUGACUCAGUGGCAGCGUCGAUAUUUUUACCUCUUUCCAAACAGACUUGAAUGGAGAGGAGAGGGAGAGUCUCGGCAAAGUUUACUGACGAUGGAACAGAUUCUGUCUGUGGAGGAAACGCAGAUUAAAGACAAGAAAUGCAUUUUGUUGAGGGUGAAAGGAGGGAAGCAGUUUGUCCUGCAAUGUGACAGCGACCCCGAGUUUGUGCAGUGGAAGAAGGAGCUGACUGAGACGUUUACAGAGGCCCAGCGGCUGUUGCGCCGUGCCCCCAAGUUCCUCAACAAGCCCCGCCCCGGCGUGGUUGAGCUGUCCAAGCCCCCCCUCUGUCACAGGAACAGCAAUGGCCUCUGACACCCAGGGCACGAGGGUCCUGGGGAGACAGGGCCACAAGGAAGCCCUUGCCGGGGGUUUCAGCCCUUGACAUGGAGCCUUUUGGAGACGUCCAGGGGUCGGAGGUUCAGUCCCCUUGUCCCCAGGGCCCCUCCACGGCCAGGAGGACCUAGGACACUGAGGUGCCCCUGGUAGGAGCUCUGACUGCCGCCCGGCAGGGGGCCUCUCCCCCCCCCGUCCUCCCAGUGCCUCCUGUGCAUCACCUCUGUCCACUCUCGAAACUACUGAAGAAACAAGCGAAAGUUCCUCUCCUUCGUCACCUACCAGUUUGGGCGUACAUGAACUUAGGACUUGAAAUGAUUCCUGCCUGUCCCGUCAGUCUGUAUGUCUGAUCAUCAAACACACGUUACACUUGCCGGGACGGAGCGGCGUCGGGCACAGACAGCCCCGGCGCUGCCCUGUUUUACGUACUGGACCUGUGCGCGCCUGUCCCCCCGCUGCGGGGCCGGACAUCAGCCAGGCAAACCGACCUCCCGCUGCUCUGGGCUCAAAGCCGAGGGUACUUGCCGGGAAGGCUGCACGUGGGCGCCCACUGUGGGUGGAACCCCUCCAGUCCCAGCCUGCCUCCGACAGGGAACAGAGGGAGCGUGCCCUCAGAGGAAGGUGGUGGCCACUCACCUCUGAGGGCCCCCCGGCCGCGGAGCCCUGGAAGGCCUGACGGGCCCCGAAGGCGAGGCGGUGGGGUGUGGCGCCCAGGGCCACAGGGAUUUUUCAGACGUCUUCAAAUAAACGAAAUAGCACUUUCGCAUGUCUGGGUGCACGCGGACGCCGGGGUGGGGGGGGAUGGUGAGUCUGUGCAGGGUUCCGACAGUAGGCGGUUCCAGCGCGUCCCUGUGCCUCGUGCCCCAGGACACGUGUCCAGCACGGGUGUGUGCAGGAAGGAAAGAAUCGCUCUGUUUCACCUCACAGCCUAACUUCCAGUGAAUCUCACGGGCUAAAGAACGCGAAGAUGAAGGUGUCCAGGUGGGCUGACCAUGCUGUUGGCUUUUCCAUCGUCCUUGGCCUGUCGGUAGUGAGCAGUACUUUGCCCCCGGUGGGGGGGUGGCCCCACACCCCAGACAACGGGGGAGUGCCAAGGCCGUUUGCCUCAUCCCCGAGGCGUCGUCUCCGCUCCCACCAGUGUCCUGCGCCCUUUUCACGCCACAAAUAAAUGCCGGGCUGUGAGCGGAUGUUUCCCAGUGAGGCCCCUCCAUCGUCAGACUAAAAAUAAUAACAAUAAUUUUUAUAAAGUCCACAUACUUGUCUUCUUAGUGCAAUCUUGUUGUGUGUUUCUAAGCUAACUCCUAACAAUAUAAACAACCGAUCGUAA